AUGAAGAUUACCGCUGUGGAGGCCCAACCCAUCAGGCUUCCAGCAAGAAUACUCAGAAUACGGCAUGUUGAUUUUCAAAUGAGGAUUUCAAUCCCGCAAGACAAUGGCAGCAGCUUAAUUGCCCGGACGCACUCUUCAAACCCGCGGCUGCGGCUAUUUCCUCCAUGGUAUGCAUUAGCCAUAUGCAUUUGCAUGCCACUUUCAAUAUGUCUAAUGGAAAGACAAUACGGAGUACAUGGCAAGACUCUAUGGAGAGAUGACUUAACACCAGGAGAUCCAGAGGAAAAGCUCGCAAGGGGGUUACAAACCUCAGAUAUAGUCUUUGAUAAAUGUGAACGUAUCUUCGGGAAUAAGGCUGGUACCAGGUCACCCCAAAAAUUACGACGCAGAACUAUGCAAUGA